AUGGGCGUUGACCCCCUCUCCCCCAUCGCGCCAGCGCGCCUCAGAGCUUUGAUACUUCCUGUGGGCAGGAUCAAGCGUUCUCGUUUCCUCAGCUUUGCCGCGAGACUGCAAGCCGAAAAUGUCGUCCGUUUGGGGGAUAUCAGCCCCGAUGCGCGGCCCAAUCGAAACAUGUUCUCUCCGCUAGCGUUCCCGACGGGCAUUAUCCUAUAUGACCUUUCGUUCUCCAUGCCCCCUAUAUCGCACCUAGAACUGUAUCCAUUUGAAAUAUUUAGAGAGCCACUGGUGGUUCUUGCAAUUGCCGACGGGACGGAGCUCACCGGCGAUACAACCCAGACGGGUCCCGAAUCGAGUACAGACAAGCCAUCGAAGCCGAAAGGACUCGAACAACUUGAACAGGAACUCGAUCUAUUAAGAGAAAAGAAUCCAAGGGCACUGGUACAUCAGCUCCUCAUAUUUGACUACGAAGGGGUCAGCAAGGUCUCUAAUGGCCCGGAUAACAUACUAUGGAUUCCGCCCCCGCAGGUUUCCAAAGCUACUACGAUGAAGACUGUCCUGUGCGAUAUCACGUCUCUCGUCCUUUCUGAAAUGGACGAAUUUGCGAAGACAAUUCAAAGUAUACCAACCAUUGAUUCCCCGAAAGCCUCAUCUUGGGGGCCACAUCGCGGGCCAGAUUUGCGCCGGCGUCCGACAGACAAGCUGUUUCAUAGGAAGACAAUGCCUGCGCUUGCAAGCACAAACGGCACUUCGGAGACUGCUCAAGGCUCGACCCAAAGUUCGCCGGCACCUGAAGAUCAUGAGACGCCGACAACAUUCGACGAGAUCACUCGUUCCAUACAGCUGGCUAGUCGGUCCAGCACCACCCUAGGGAAACCAGGAUCACUGCCAUCAUCCAAAGAACACAGUAGGGAUCGCUUGUCAGUGAGCGGCUUGAGCGCAACAGAUCGAACAAAAAAUCGAAUAAAGGGUCGCUCGGGUGUGGUGAUAGGGACACUUUUUCUUCAAUCUGGCCGGUGGCCGGAUGCACUGAAGGAACUAGUUGAGGCCGCAUCUAACGCUAGAGCAAGUAGCGAUUAUGUGUGGCAUGCCAAAGCCCUCGAGUCAAUUCUCCUCUGUUUACUGAUGUUCGCCUGGGCUGGCAUGGACUUUCAGGUUCCUCCAAUCUGUUAUCCUGUUGCGGACAAAUCUUCUAAGGCAUCGGCAGCAAUCGUUUUCGAUCCAACCUCGAGUCAAUCAGCCGGGAAUCGAAUCAUCUCUCUCCAAAAUCUUUCAAACCUUCUACCGGACCUGGCAAACAAUAUUUUGAAUUUAUAUACCCGCGCAGCCAAUAUCACAGAUGAGCCUCUUCCCCAGCUCGUCUUCUCCGAGACGGUUAUCCGUCUUUCAAGGUUAUUAGUAGCCACACGCAUCCGCGACGGGGCCUUGGAUGACAACGCUUUGAAGCAUAUUGUAAUGAAUGAGCCGCUAGAGCCUCUCGUUCGGCCGGAGCGUCCUCUUGGUCUGACAAUUCUUCGGAAGAACGAAAUUGCAAACUUCCUGUUCCGUGCGUUGCCGUUUUCUGCUGGCUCGGAUUUGCCUGCGACAGAUGCCAUACCUAUCCUCAUAGGCGUUGUCUCUGUCUUGAACGCGCUUGACCUGCCACGGAAAAAGGCAUUUGUUCUGAGGGAGCUACUUUCUAUCCUGGUUCCAGCUCUAGUAACAGCCCGCAAAAUUGGGGCUGCAGAAGUGGGCAUUCAUCCUGCAGCGGGCUUAUCAUCUCUCAGUGAUACUGCUUUCGACAUAAAUGCCCUUGAUGUUGGCCCGGGGAAUAUGAACCGUAGCAUGCGUUCGCUUCUCGCUACGAUAGGAGAGAUAUACGGCGUGCAGUCUUCAUCUCAAAUUGAACUGGGGAAGCGAACGUCGGUUGGCGGCAAUAAUUCCCAGAGCCCGGACUCAAUCACAGCAAUCACCGAACGGGCCUUCCGGCACAUUGUGCUGGAUCGCUACGGUGAUUUGAAUCUUAAAAUUGAUGUUCUCAAGAUGUGCAUCAACUCAUGUGAAGCGCUCCCAGAUUUUGGUGGUGUCCUGCGGUUUACUGUCGAGCUCCUCCAGACGAUUCGCGGGGAUCUCAUGCUCUCUAAAUCUUCCUACACCGCACCUUGCCUGCAGCCUGAUGAGCAGAUCCGCCUACUGAACAAUAUCAAGCGAACUGUUGGUGCUGCCAACCGGCUUGGUGUAGCAGGCCUUGAAGCCGAAUAUUGGGACGACUUCUUGGUUCGGGGGGUUGAGUUGUUAUCUUUAUCUGAUCCUAAGAGGCCUGUUCGUCGAUCUAAGUCAGAGCUCGAUGCUGUCACUGCGACGAGUGAGAAGUCCAAAAAGGAUCCCUUCUUAUACAACCCGUUCACGAAAUCAGCGAAUAAAGCUUCGGAGCUUCUCAUGGUUGCUGGAGAGCAUGCAGCUUUCCAAGUCACUCUUCAGAACCCUUAUGAAUUUGAAGUCGAGAUUGAACGGAUACGCCUUGAGAGCGAGGGUGUACCCCUGGAUGCUGUGGCGGAGUAUAUACUGCUUCCACCAUUGUGUCUUCAAGAUGUCACAGUGUACGGUAUCGCACAAGAAGAGGGCACAUUAAAGGUAACUGGUUGCUCUGUUAAAGUUCGAUACUGCAGAGAGCGAAGCUUUCCUAUAUUUAAAGAUUUCUGGAAGCCCGAUAUAGAAGCCAAGUUCAAACGCACCGGGUUAGCUGCUAAAAAGCCUUCUGUUGAUCGUCCUUUAUCCUGGAGCUCGACAUUCUCCAAGGAUGGAAAACCAAGCACAAAGAAAGGACCUGAAACGUUCUCCUGUGAGGUGAAGGUUAUUCGGCCGCAGCCAUCGCUCGUGGUCGAGUCAUUGUCGUUGUCCCAAUCUGCAGUUAUGAUUCUCGAGGGGGAGAGGUCAUCUUUCACCAUUACAUUGCGUAAUACAUCAUCUUGCGACCUGGAUUUCAUCUUGUUCACUUUUCAGGACUCAACGACUAAGCAAAUACAGACAGCGCUGAGUAAUAAGGACUUGCUGCCAAUUGAAGUGUACGAGUUGGCCUUGAAGCUCACAAGGCCGGCCCUGCAAUGGCGCAGAGAGGGAUUGAACCCUAGUGAUUACUCCAUCCCAGCAGGACAGUGCGCAACGUUCACUAUCGAUGUUGUUGGAAACCCUGGGCUUCAGGAAGCUACCGUGCAGAUCGACUAUUGCAGCAUUGGAGUAUCUUAUGAGGCACUACCUGACACCUUUUAUACUAGACAGCUCUUUAUCCCCCUUACCGCAACGGUAAACGCAAGUCUGGAGAUUGCCCGUUGUGAUAUAUUACCUUUCAGUAGCGAUUUUGCAUGGUCGAACGACCCGAAUUCCGCCAGCGCGACGCUUGAUUCUUCAGAUUCCGCCAGCAGCGAUCACUUCUCAACAGUGCUCUCUAAUCUUGCCCGAGGAACAUAUGGCUCCGACCACUGCAUACUCCUCCUUGACCUUCGGAACGCUUGGCCCAAUCCGCUCUCGGUGGCUUUACACGUUACGGAUGUACCUCAUGAGUCACCCGACAGGGCUGCCGCGCCUACUGACGGAGCCGGUCGAUACACUCUCCGUGAGACCCUUCAACCCGGACAAACCUCUCGUUUCGUUCUCGUUGUACCGCGGGUUUACAUCCAGAAUCCUCAUGCAUCAAUCCCCUCUCUGAAUACGGGAUCAAAAAGACAGUUUGUUGUCAGCGCGCAUAAGCUCACGUUUGAUGCUGAAGCGGCGGCGCGGGAGGCAUUCUGGUAUCGUGAAGAACUUCUCAAGAGAGUCAGCGGAUCAUGGAAGGAGGCUCUGGGCAAUCGUGAAGGGACGAUUGAUUUAAGAAACAUGCGCUUCACUGCGCGCAUGGUGGACGCAUUCAGGCUAGAGGACGUGGAGACGAGCUUCUCAUUGAAGCCUUCAUUCUCCGGUAGCGCCAAAAAUGGCGUGUCCGACCUCGUAAUCCAAACUGGGAAUUCAAGAUACAGAGUUGGAACCGAUGAGAUGUUGGAUCUUACCGUUACUGUCCACAACCGCUCCUCCAGACCUAUUCACCCCCUUCUGCGACUCCAGCCCAGCCUCUGCAACCAGCCAAGCAACGUUGCGCUUGACCUCCCCAGACGUCUUGCUUGGACAGGGAUGCUGCAGCAGGUCCUUCCCGUGCUAAACAGCGGCGAAAGCACUAGUACUACCGUCGGCGUCACGAUCCUCUGCCGAGGUGAGUACGAAUUCGGCGCCACAGUUGAGGAACUACGACUGCUACGUCUCCCAUCUGAAACUGAGGGGAACAAAAUCACCUCGGAUGAUGCGUCUACACCCAUACCGUACGAGGAAGGGUUUAUCACGGACACCUUUGGCGCGGACAUGGCGAAGAAACGACGGAUCUGGCAUGCCAGAGAUACGUGUGUUAUGACUGCUCAUGAUUAACGGC